UAAAGGGCUUGAACAACAAACAGGAAAUGCCUGGCUGGGCUGCCGCUGCUGCUGCUGCUGCUAAUGCAGAAGGGACCAGAAGCAAGAGCGGCAGCGGCAGCAGCAACAGGACUGUGAAGUUAGCAGCCGAACAAGAGAACCCCUGUUGUUAACAAGCUUGCCUCGUUUCUUUCUUAUUUUUCCCCUGCACGGGUUCCUUUUGCAAUUGCAACCAUGGGCUCCUGCUCCCUCUGUCCCAGCGGCAGCAUUCCAGGUGUUGCUGUCCCCUGCUUGGUACUGACAGUGCUGCUGCAUCUUGUUCUGUCGUUCAAUGUUGAUGUGAAAGAUACAAUGACCUUCAGUGGCCCAGUGGAAGAUAUGUUUGGAUACACUGUUCAACAGUUUGAAAAUGAAGAAGGAAAAUGGGUGCUUAUUGGUUCUCCUUUAGCUGGCCAACCUCAGAAGAAAACAGGUGAUGUUUAUAAAUGCCCUGUGGGACAGGGCCAUGGUUUGCCAUGUGUAAAACUAAACUUACCAGAUGACAUCUCCAUUCCUCACGUUGCGGAAGUAAAGGAGAACAUGACCCUUGGAGCAACUUUAGUGACUAACCCAAAUGGAGGAUUUCUGGCAUGUGGGCCUCUUUAUGCUUACAAAUGUGGGCGCUUACAUUACACCACUGGUAUCUGCUCCAAUGUCAGCUCCACUUUUGAGGUUGUAAACUCCAUCGCCCCAUCUGUACAAGAAUGCAAGACCCAGCUGGACAUUGUUAUUGUUCUUGAUGGCUCCAACAGUAUUUACCCAUGGGAAAGUGUCACUGCUUUCUUGGACAGCCUGCUGAGAAAUAUGGACAUAGGCCCCAAAGAGACACAGGUUGGGAUUGUUCAAUAUGGAGAAAAUGUCACCCAUGAAUUUAACCUCAAUACAUAUACAACUACGGAAGAAGUGCUUGUUGCAGCAAAGAAAAUUGGUCAGCGGGGAGGACGCCAAACCAUGACAGCGCUUGGAAUUGACACAGCAAGGAAAGAAGCUUUUACAGAAGCUCGUGGAGCACGCCCAGGGGUCCAGAAAGUCAUGGUAGUUGUGACAGAUGGAGAAUCUCACGACAACUAUCGAUUAAAGAAAGUGAUUGAAGAUUGCGAAGAAGAAAAUAUACAGAGAUUUUCGAUUGCUAUUCUUGGCCACUACAACAGAGGCAACCUAAGCACUGAAAAAUUGGUUGAGGAAAUAAAAUCGAUUGCAAGUGAGCCAACAGAAAAGCAUUUCUUCAAUGUCUCGGAUGAAUUGGCCCUGCUUACUAUUGUUGAAGCUCUUGGAGAGAGAAUAUUUGCUCUGGAAGCUACGAAAGACCAGCUGGCAUCCUCUUUUGAAAUGGAAAUGUCUCAAGCUGGAAUCAGUGCUCAUUAUUCCCAGGACUGGAUCAUGCUUGGAGCAGUUGGAGCAUAUGAUUGGAAUGGAACUGUCGUCAUGCUAAAGGACAAUGCCUUUCAAAUCCCAAGAAAUGACACAUUUUAUAACAAGUCUUCGGAAAGAAAUGAGCCUCUUGCAGCAUACUUAGGUUAUACAGUAAAUUCAGCUUCAGUGCCUGGAGAUGUGCUGUACAUUGCUGGCCAGCCUCGAUAUAAUCACACUGGUCAAGUUAUCAUAUAUCGAAUGAGAGGAGCAGAUAUAGAAAUACUUCAAAGAUUAAAUGGGGAGCAAAUUGGCUCCUAUUUUGGAAGUGUUAUCACAACCAUUGACAUUGACAAAGAUACAUUUACUGAUAUUCUUCUCGUGGGAGCACCUAUGUACAUGGGGACCGAAAAAGAAGAACAAGGCAAGGUGUAUGUUUAUUCAUUGAACCAGAAAACAUUUGAACAUCAGAUGACCCUUGAGCCUAUAAAGCAAACAUGCUGCUCGCUACUGAAGCACAAUGACUGCACAAAUCACAACAAGAAUGAACCUUGUGGGGCCCGUUUUGGAACUUCAAUUGCUUCAGUAAAGGACCUCAACCUUGAUGGGUUUAAUGAUAUAGUCAUAGGUGCCCCCCUUGAAGAUGAUCAUCGAGGAGCUGUGUAUGUUUACCAUGGCAAUGGGAACACUAUAAGGAAAGAAUAUGCCCAGCGCAUUGCAUCAGGUGGCGAUGGGGAAAAGAUGAAAUUUUUUGGCCAAUCGAUACACGGUGAAAUGGAUUUGAAUGGAGAUGGACUGACAGAUGUCACUAUUGGAGGCCUUGGAGGGGCGGCCCUCUUCUGGUCUCGAGAUGUUGCUGAAGUAAAUGCUUCCAUGGAAUUCACGCCCAGCAAAAUUAAUAUCCAGAAGAUAAACAAUGACAUGCAAAAGCAACGGGUGUUCAUCAACGCCACAAUUUGUUUUAAAGUCAAAUUAAAAUCAGAGGAGGCCACAAUGAAUGAAACAAGUAUCCAGUAUUGGAUUACACUUGACGCCCAAAGAAAGUUGUCACGAAGCCUUUUCACAGAAACUCUUGAACGGAAGAUGCAAAAAAAUAUCACAGUCAAAGGGUCAGAAUGUGUUAACCAUAACUUCUACAUGUUGGACCAGCCUGACUUUCGUGAUUCUGUAAAGGUUUUGUUGGACUUCAACUUCUCUGAUCCAGAGAGUGGACCGAUCCUGGACAGUGCAAUGCCCAACUCAAUAUAUGAAUAUAUCCCUUUCACAAAGGAUUGUGGAACCAAAGAGAAAUGUAUUACCGAUCUACAGCUGACUGCCAAUGCAGCCGUAGAAGGAAGCAGUUCAUCGCCAUUCAUCAUCAGGUCGAGCAAUCUGAAGUUCUGGGUCCGGAUGCUUGUUAAGAAUAAAAAAGACAGUGCUUAUAAUACCAGAGUCAUUGUUCAGUAUUCUCCCAAUAUUAUUUUUGCUGGGAUUGAGAAAAUAUCAAAAGAUAGCUGUGAAUCUGGGCCUAAUAUCACUUGCAAAGUGGGCUACCCCUUCCUAACACCUGGCGAGGAGAUCUUCUUCGAUAUAGCAUUCCAAUUCAAUGUGUCUUCGCUUCUGGAAAAUACUGUGAUUCAGUUUUCUGUCACCAGUGACAGUGAAGAACACGAAGAGACCCUCGCAGAUAACAGAGGAAGCAUUGCAAUACCAGUCAAAUAUGAAAGUGGAUUAAUAUUUAAAAGAGAGCCCAGUUCAUUUCACAUCAUUAUUGCUGCAAAUGAUACUUUCCCUAAAUAUAUUAAUUCCACUGAGAACAUCGGAGAUGAAAUUAACAUAAACUACAUGAUUGAAAAAGGUGACCAUUUUCCAAUGCCACCGCUCACACUGCAAAUCUUGUAUCCUAACCUGACUUCAGUCGAAAACUAUAUCCUCUACCUGACCGCCAUAUCUUUCUCAGAGAAUGUAAACUGCAAUUCCAGCCACUCCACAAAUCCGUUGAGAAUUGGUGGUGGCCCUUCCUUCGAGACAUCAGGAAUAAGACACCCUCUAAAGGAUCCAAAAAUAAACUGUGAUUUUUAUCGCUGUGAAUCUAUUAACUGUACGGUGGCCCCAUCGAAUAUAACGCAUGUGAACAUUUCAUUCCGAAUCUGGAAACGUACCUUUAAAAAGGCAAAUCUUCAUAGUGCAGAGGUCAGCGUAAGAGCAUUACUCAGGAGUGGAAACUCAUUACUAAUAUUGAAAAAAGAAAAUGAAAGAAUAGAGACCAUUAUUAAAAUUUCCAAAGAGCUUCUUCCUGGUCACGUGCCACUAUGGGUUAUUUUGCUGAGCGUUUUUGCUGGACUUUUGAUUCUUACGCUGCUUAUAUUUGCAUUAUGGAAGGCUGGGUUUUUCAACAGGCCAUUAAGGAAGAAAAUGGAGAAAUGAGAAGUGGAAACCCUCCAGAAGAAAACUAGGAAUUCUACAAGGACUUGUCCUCAGGUCUUCCUCAGAAAUGUGACUGUAAAACACUGACUUGGAGCAAUCAAGGUGGUCACAAACGUUUUCUUGAACACUAACAGAAAGUGCCUAACACUAAACACACACAUACACACAAACACACACAAAAACACAUGAAGCCAACAAAUCAAUGAUAGAAAAGGGCACACAGCACAUGUUGUGUGUCUACGGAGACUUUGGGCUUCUGCAUCUCAAGCAACCCAUUUCCAUGGGGCAUGCAGACUCCUUUUAAAACCCAGGAGAGCUUUAAAAGCAAUUUGGGAUAUGGCCAGAAUGGAGAGUGGUCUACAGAGGAAAGGAAACAACAGUGGAGUUGUGGGUUGGGACCAACUGGCUGAAGGUAGCUUAGCUUAGCUCUGCAGCUCUGUAGAUCCCAGUCUUUUCCCUAACCACCUCCCAAAAAAGUUGGUGUUUGUUUUCAGAGCAGCACUCCUCUAAGGCUGUCACAUUUAUAGGGCAGUGUGUUCUAUUGAACUAAAUGGGAUACAUUUCCUAAUAAUACAGGUUUCCUACCCAUCUGGCACUCUCCUGAUAUUUUGGAAUACAGCCAUGUUAGCCUCAGACAGCACAACCAUCGGUCCCUAGGCUGAGAGAGAGUAUUGUAUUUGGGAUCAGUCUCAAACAUUUUGUAAAGUUGCUGUUUUGUUGUUCCAAAAGAGGGGCGAAGGUGCAGGAUCAUUUCCCAUAAGUAAAGGAAUUCAAAGCUUGGUACUUCACUGUAAGCCUGAAUUUCAAAUCCUGAACAUAGCUGUUGGUUUGAGCGGCAAACAUUUGCUUCGAAGAACAGCACUCAGAAUGCAUCGUUGUGAAAAGGAAAGUUUUCCCUGCUCUAUUUAUGAUGUGACACGCAGAUGUGUUUUGAUCACUUUAUUGUAUGACCAUCAAAAUAUAUAUAUACAAGUGCAGUGCUGGUGCUGUCCAUUCCUGACACCGCCCAAAUUUUUCAUUCAUUCACUAUUGUACACAAGGAGGUUUGUGUGCCUAGACAAACUUAGUUUCUGUGGUUUCACUAAGAUUUUUGAAAGGAUAAUCAAAUCUACACACACCUUUUUCAAACAUUUAAGAGAUGGGAACAUAUAUAUGGGUGGUUGUGAGCUCUAUGGUGCUGGUGGGCAUUUAACCGUGGUUGUAAUAUAUUUCCUCCAUUAAUCUGGCAAUUAUAUUGGGGGUAGGUAGGAUUGUAGAAAAUCCUGUUGCUUAAAAAUAAAAAAAGCAGUGCCGGUCAGUAAAGAGCCUCUCAUACAUGUGGCUUGUAAUGGAAUAUUUGCUUAAAUAUUUGUUUCCAAUUUAACUGGCACAUUGGAAUUUUGAAAAUGUGAGCAAGUAUUUCGUGGAAUGACCAAAUAUUAUUAUGUCUGUUGGAGGGAGUGGGGUCCAAACCCAAAACCUAUCUAUGUUGCCCUAUUGCUACAAGGUUACAAAUCAGCUGUAUUAGCAUAUAACUACAUGAAGAUUGCAAGUGGCCAUAAUUGUGACGUGUGAGGAAUUCACAGCAUGAAUAAUCACACAUAUUUAUUUGGUACGGCAUACAUUUCACACUGGAGAUUCUGUUGUUUGCCAUUUAAGACAUUGUCAGAAAAACUCGCCAAGAAUCAUGUUAUUUGCACAUAAAUUAAAAGGAAUGGAAACUCAGAUUUAGGAUUAUACACUGAUUCCUACAGGGAAAUGCAUCACAGUAUCAAGCAAUUAAAAAGAAACAAGAGUCUAGCGCUACAAUGAAGCAAGGUGACCUCCCUUGGUUUUCAUUUUUUGCUAUUUAUGUGUCAAGGAAUUAUUUAAACAGUAGCUAUGUUAAGUGUCUGUCUGAAACACUAUUAUGUACACUGUAUCUAUAGAAAUACACUGAAAUAGAAAGAAUGUUUAAAAUCCUAAUAGAGCACAAAACACAGUGGCUCAAAUCCCACUAAAUUUAGCCACAGGUGACUGAAAACACAAGAAGGUUAUUUAGAUACAACUAACUUGUUCCAAUUAGCCGCUUUAAAAAAGGGAAAUCCAUUCAUUUUAGUGGAACUCAAUUUAAAGGCAAACUUGCUUAGGAUCAUGGCCUGAAGAUUGCACUCAAUGGCCCAUUUAGUCUAAUUUAAGACAGUGGAGCUCUACUGGAGAAAGUUGGCUGCAUAUUGUUAUCUAAUAUUGUUUAAUGCGAGUCUAAUUAUCUUUCCCCAAAUAUAUCACCUUUCUUCUGCACUAUGAAAAUGUUUUGCUGUACAUUCACAAUUUGAUAAGCUUGGUGUGUAUAUAAAUGUGGAUAUUUUAAAUGUAAGCUUGGUACAUAUUGUUUAACUUCAAAAGUUUUCUCUCUUUUAUGCUACCCUAUCUGAAUUUUUCACUAUUCUUGGUUGGAAGGUUAUUCCUCUCCCCAAGAAUGAACACGUACAUAUGAGCUAGUUCACACAUGACAGCAAACCACAGGAACCAGCCUUGUCCCUGUGCCCUUCUUCCUGUUGUGUUUUCAAUUAGUUACUUACUGUUUGGCAAUAAAUAAAUAAAAGCUUGCCAUUACAUCUGAUCUAGGAAAUAACAGUUUGCACUAAUCCUUCAACCUAGGAUUGUAGAGCCAACUUCAAACUGGCUUACGAUCCUAGUUCAGAAGGAAAGCACAAACCAUGGUUUACCAAUCUGGGUGCAGCAGCAAGCUAUGGUUCGCACUGAAGUGAGAAUUAACUAAUUGAAAUAGAGAACACAAGGAGACAGGAAGAAGGGCAAAACAAUGUGCUAGCUCAAGGUUUAUUCCAGUGGUAUCAAACCGUUAGCUUUAAAUAUAUUUGAGUAUACACAGAGUUAAAUAAAUUUUCAUUUAUUGUUUUAAGUGAUUAUAUAAAAUUGAUGUAAUGAGUCUGAUUCAUGCUUUAUAGUAUCCAUAGCAUUCAUAAGUCUGAAGCAAACCAUGAGUUCAUUCCUGAAGGCAUACUGUUUGUUUGUGUAUGCUUGUUCCUAAUACAAUUUCACAAUCCUGUCUGAAGAUGAACAAAGCCCUUUGUUUAGUGAAUAAAACUUAGCAGAAA